GAAUUGACUUCCGGAGUUGUCCAAUUUCCGGGCACCUGUGUUGACGUUUUCAGCUGUAGAUGUUAUUUUGUUGAAUAUCGAUCACACAUUUGUAAUGUCCGAAUAUGAAAACGUUGGAAGAGGAUCAUUGAAGCUAAAAGGUGUUUCAGACCAUUCUAUUAAGAAGAAAAAGAAGAAAAGGGACAAAGAGAAAGAUGCUCAGAAGAUGUUUGAGCAAAUUUCUAAUGCCAAAAAGACAAAUGAAGGAGAUUCUUCAUCACAUAUAAUAGUUGAUAAACGUACAAAAGCAGAAAUAGCGUUUGAAAAGGCUAGAGAAAACAGGAAAGCAGAACAGAUUAUUGAAAAGGCUAGUAAAACACACAAGGAAAGAAUCAUGGAUUUUAAUAAACACUUGGAUAAUCUCACAGAACAUUUUGACAUUCCAAAGGUCAGCUGGACAAAGUAAUACAUGAAAAUAAAUGUGAAUGUUAAAUGCAGCCAUCUUAAAUGUGGAACUUAUGGAUAAUUUUUUAUGGAAAGAAUUCUUGUGACCUUAAUGUGAUGACCAGGAGAACAACUGUAAACAUUAAAGUGUUUUGGAAUGUGAUGAUCUGUCUAGAUUGAAAACAUUUAUAUAAUGUUUGUAAUACACAUCUAUAAUUCAUUGUUAUAAACACGAUAAAGACAUCCUUGUUAUACUUAUGUUAUAAAUAUAAAUGUGGUAUGAUUGCAAAUGAGACAUCUCUCCACCAAAGACCAAAUGACAUAGAAGUUAGCAGCUAAAGGUGACUGUAUAGCCUUCAUCAAUGAACAAAACCCAUACUGCAUAGCAAGCUAUAAAAGGCCCCAAAAAGAAUUAAUUAUAAAGACAAGCAACAUGUAAAAUAACAAGAUUACUUUUUCUUUCGUACAUGUAAAAUGAAAACAGAGUUAACCAAUAUUGUUCAUUCAUUAUUUUUUGUGAAGUACAAUUUUCAUGGAUUUCAUGGGUAUAAGUGAACCAUUUAUCUAAUUAUUUAAAAAAAUACAAAUUUCCUUAAGGACUGUAUGCAAAAUUUGUUUAAACCAAAUGCAUAAAAAUACAAUUUUUCAUCAAUCCGCAAAAUUUGGUAUCCCUGAAGAUGGGUACAACCACAGUAUAUAAAAUUGGUUGAUCACAUAUGCUCUUUAAUGAGAGUGACAUGUUUGGCGUGUUUAUAGUUCUGAUAUGUCUGCAGUAUGUUAGCAAUCUUAAUUAUGUCAAAACUAGACUUAUGAAUUCAUUAUUUUUGUGUUGCCUUAGAUGAAUGUGUUGGUAGAUAUAUUAUAUGUAAUUUUUUUUUCAAAAUUUAAUUUUAAGCCACUUCCUCACAAGAUAUGGUUUAUACAUGUACACGUUUUAUAUGUGCUGUUGUGUUUUCUCAACAUCUAUUUUGAGGGGAAAAAAAUAUUUUGCAUAUGCAUAGGUUGCAUGUAAGAAUAUUGCCAUUUUAAUUUUAAUUUCUCUUCUUGGAUGAUUUUACUGUGAAAUUGGAGUGUGUGUUUAUAUAUGCAUUAAAAAAAGAUAGAACAUUUUAUCAUAUACCUUAUUCAUAGUUUUAUACUGCUGAACUUUAAACAGCCAUCAUCAUCAUCAUCAUCAUCAUCAUAGUUUUGAAUUAUUAAACUUUUCUGAUUUUAAAUGUUAUUUUUUUAACUGAAUAUUUUGUCAUGUUUCCAACAAUGGAACUGAAUGUAUUGUUGUAAUAAAGAUGACAGAUUUAAA